GGUUGGCAAGGAGAAGCAGGAAACAGAAUCUGAGCAAACCUAGAAGAUUAUCCUCUUGGAAGGAAGUUGGAAGACAAGUGGAGUAAGAUGUUUCCCUCAUUUCCUACCAUGACUGUACUUGUCCCACUGUUGUCUUUAGUUGGCCUCUUCUAUUCAGCCAGUGUAGAUGAAAACUUCCCCCAGGGCUGCACAAGUACAACAAGCAUAUGUUUCUACAGCCUGCUGCUUCCAGUUACAAUACCAGUUUAUGUAUUUUUCCACCUUUGGACCUGGAUGGGCCUUAAACUUUUUCGCCACAACUAGAUUGUGCUUAACUCUUUAAGAAGCCUCUUAAAAUAAAGAAUGGUGUGAAGUUUUUUGAAAACCGGUUUCUUAAUAUUCUGACCCUUAUAGUACACCUGAAAUGAAACGGAGGCUAACUGUCUUCAAAUGCAAGUACAUCCAAGCAAAUUGAAAAGUCCCUUGCUCAUUAGGGCAUGCCUACAUACCGAAGUAGCAUCAAAGCACACAGGAAUAUCAAACAAGAAAUCAAAUAUGAAAAUCAAGAAAGCAAUAUGAAGGGAUACAAGGCAAAUCUUCUUUCAAUGAAGGAUCUUAGGCAUGCAACAAGGCAGUCUGGAUGUGUCUGCUUGUGUAGGAAAUGUCAUUUUUCUAGUCUUUGGUGGAAAAAAAAUUCUGCAGAAUUAUUCCAAAAGACAGUUUCAUUACCUGAUGAUUACAGGCAAUUAUUUAUAUAGACUGAGUGCAAAAUAGUGUUUUGUCAAAUCCAUAGAUGAAAAGCUCUGAAUGAAUUAGUAUUUGAAUGUUAGUACAUUCAAAUACAUUUCAGCUCGGAAUGUGUAAGAUGGUCACAGGUAAACUAUAUGUAAUAGUGUUCUUGGCUUACUGACAAUGUAAUGUUAGACUUGAUUUCUCUUUGAUGAAGCUACACUAUUGUUCUGCACAGACCCAGGAUUUUGAACUCAGAUCCACAAAUACAAUUGUGUUGUGUCAUGAAAGUUGACACUAAAUGAAAAAUAAAAAAAAUUGAAUAGGAAAUGGUUUCUAAUAAAGCAUCUGCAGCGCCUA